AUGGAGAGUGUGGAGAGAGCGUGGGACUCGAUCAGCCGGAGCCUAAGCGUGAGCAUGGAGGACGCGCAAUCGCGGUCGCUAUCGAGCAGGAACCCCAUGGUCGAUGACGACGAGGAGGCGUUGCGGUGGGCUGCGAUCGAGAAACUCCCCUCGUUCGACCGCCUCCGGACUGGCAUCCUCCGGACGGUUGUGGAUGCCGAGGACGGGCAAAUGCAGUAUGAGCACAAGAAGGUCGAUAUACGGACGCUGGGGCUUGCCGAGCGCCAGGAGUUCAUACAGAGGAUCUUCAAGGUCGCCGAGAAGGAUAACGAGCGCUUCUUGAAGAAGCUCCGAGCUCGGAUUGAUAAGGUCGGCAUUGAGCUUGCUACGGUAGAGGUUAGGUUCGAGGACAUCACAGUUGAGGCUGAGUGCCACGUGGGGAACCGAGCACUGCCCACACUCAGCAACGCGGCAAGAAAUGUUGUCGAGUCCGCCAUGGGGCUGCUGGGCAUAAGCCUUGCGAAGAGAGCCCACCUCACCAUCCUCAAAGAUGCAAAUGGAAUUAUAAAGCCCUCAAGAAUGACACUUCUAUUAGGUCCGCCUUCCUCCGGGAAGACCACACUUCUACUAGCUCUGGCCGGAAAGCUAGAUCCAGGUCUGAAGGUGAAAGGAGAGGUAGCAUACAACGGGUUCAGGUUGGACGAGUUUGUGCCACAAAAGACGGCGGCUUACGUUAGCCAGAACGACAUCCACGUUGCAGAGAUGACCGUCAAAGAGACGCUUGACUUUUCUGCCAGGUGUCAAGGCGUGGGCAACAAAUACGAGCUACUAAGUGAGCUAGCGUUGAGGGAGAAACAGCAAGGUAUACUGCCAGAUCCUGAGGUGGAUCUCUUCAUGAAGGCGACCGCAAUGGAAGGUGUCAAGAGCAGUCUCCAGACGGACUACACCUUGAGGAUACUUGGGCUGGACAUCUGUGCCGAUACCAUUGUGGGCAGUGAGAUGAUGCGAGGAAUAUCGGGUGGGGAAAAGAAGCGUGUCACCACAGGGGAGAUAAUUGUAGGUCCAAUCAAGACCCUUUUCAUGGACGAGAUAUCAUCAGGUCUUGACAGCUCCACUACCUUCCAGAUUGUGAAAUGCCUGCAGCAGAUUGUUCACCUAGGCGAGGCCACAAUCCUUAUGUCCCUCCUCCAGCCUGCCCCUGAGACCUUUGAGCUCUUUGAUGAUAUCAUAUUGCUCUCUGAGGGACAGAUAGUCUACCAGGGGCCCCGUGAAUAUGUGCUCGACUUCUUUGAGAGCUGUGGAUUCCAUUGUCCUGAGAGGAAAGGUGCUGCUGAUUUCUUGCAAGAGGUUACCUCAAGGAAGGACCAGGAGCAAUACUGGGUGGACCAGAGGAAGCCUUAUCGCUAUGUAACAGUUUCUGAGUUUGCCGCACAAUUCAAAAAUUUUCAUGUUAGCCAGAAUCUGCAGAAGGAGCUCUCCAUCCCAUUCAAUAAGAAAAAGAGUCAUAGGGCAGCUCUGGUCUUCUCCAAGCAGUCUGUUUCAUCAUUAGAGCUUAUGAGAGCCUCCUUUGCCAAGGAGUGGCUUCUUAUAAAGAGGAACUCCUUUAUCUAUAUUUUCAAAACUGUUCAAAUUAUCAUAGUGGCAAUAAUCGCCUCAACAGUGUUCCCAAGGACACGAAUGCAUUCAAGGACUGAAGAUGACGGUGCCCUUUUUAUUGGAGCACUUAUCUUUGGCUUGAUCACCAAUAUGUUUAACGGGUUUGCAGAGCUAUCCCUGGCCAUCACAAGGCUCCCAGUGUUAUACAAGCAUAGGGAUCUCCUCUUCUAUCCAUCAUGGGCCUUUACCCUACCAAAUUUUCUCUUGAGGAUUCCAAUUAGCAUGCUAGAGUCAGUUGCUUGGGUUGGCAUGACUUACUACUUUAUAGGAUUUGCCCCUGAAGCCAGUAGGUUCUUUAAGCAGCUGCUCAUAUUUUUCUUGAUCCAGCAGACGGCAGCAGGGCUCUUCAGGCUUAUUGCAGGAGUGUGCAGGUCCAUGAUCAUUGCCAACACUGGUGGUUCUAUUGCUGUCCUCUCCAUGUUUGUCCUUGGGGGUUUUAUCUUACCAAAAGAUGUUAUUCCAAAAUGGUGGAUGUGGGGUUAUUGGGUUUCACCUCUAUCUUAUGGAUUUAAUGCUUUAGCUGAAAAUGAGAUGUUUGCUUCCAGGUGGAUGGAUAAAUUUGCACCUGAUGGUAGGAGGUUAGGAGUGGCUGUGCUAGAGAAUUUCAAUGUUUUCACAGAUAGGAAUUGGUACUGGAUUGGAGCUGGCACUCUUCUAGGGUUCACCAUCCUCUUCAAUGUGCUCUUCACAUUUUCACUCGUGUAUCUAAAUUCUUUGGGAAAACCGCAAGCUGUUAUAUCUGAAGAAACCGCCAUUGAAAUGGAAACCAACCAAGGAGGGAACAAGGAACCUCCGAGAUUUAGAAGGACUGGGUCAGUGGAAAUGAUGAUUGGUCAUGUAAGUAGCCGUUCCAUCAGUGGUUCACAGAAUGGGCCUGUAUGGGAUAUGUACAGCAAUGCAGCUGCUGGUGUUGCUCUGAAGAGAGGAAUGGUUCUUCCAUUCACACCACUAUCCAUGUCCUUUAAGGACAUAAACUACUUUGUUGACAUGCCUGCGGAACUGAAGCAGCAAGGAGUGACUGAAGAUAAGCUCCAACUGCUGAAGGGGGUGACAGGGGCUUUUCGUCCUGGGGUUCUGACAGCGCUUAUGGGUGUUAGUGGGGCUGGAAAGACAACCCUUCUGGAUGUUUUAGCAGGGAGAAAAACAGGUGGCUGCAUUGAAGGUGAUAUGCGAAUCUCUGGUUACCAAAAAAACCAAGUGACUUUUGCUAGGAUAUCAGGGUAUUGCGAACAAAAUGAUAUCCACUCUCCCCAGGUCACUGUUAGGGAGUCCUUGAUUUUCUCAGCCUUCCUACGCUUAUCAAAGGAAGUCACUGAUGAAGAGAAAGUAAAAUUUGUUGAAGAAGUGAUGGAGUUGGUAGAGCUUGAUGGUCUCAAGGAUGCGAUUGUGGGCCUUCCAGGUGUCACUGGGUUAUCAACAGAACAAAGAAAGAGGUUGACGAUUGCAGUAGAGCUUGUUGCUAAUCCUUCAAUCAUCUUUAUGGAUGAACCAACAUCAGGUCUUGAUGCAAGGGCAGCAGCCAUCGUCAUGAGAACUGUGAGAAACACUGUUGAUACAGGAAGAACAGUCGUCUGUACAAUCCAUCAACCAAGCAUUGACAUAUUUGAAGCCUUUGAUGAGUUGCUAUUGUUGAAAAGAGGAGGCCAGAUAAUAUAUGGUGGACCUUUGGGCCGUAACUCACACAGACUAAUUGAAUAUUUCGAGGCAAUUCCUGGAGUUCCAAAAAUCAGGGAAAAGUUCAAUCCUGCAACAUGGAUGCUGGAAGUGAGUUCCACGGCAACCGAAGUACAACUAGGAAUUGACUUUGCUGAGCACUACAAAUCAUCAACUUUGUAUCAGCGUAAUAAUGUGCUGGUCAGAGAGCUGAGUAAACCACUCCCAGGUACAAAUGAUCUCUACUUCGCAACACAGUAUUCCGAAUCCACCUUCCGGCAAUUCAACUUCUGCCUUUGGAAGCAAUGGUGGACUUACUGGAGGAGCCCUGAUUACAACCUUGUUAGAUUUUUUUUCACAUUGGUCACUGCACUACUAGUUGGAACAAUGUUUUGGAGGAUUGCCCAAAAGAGGGACAGUUCAUUCGAUCUUAUUACCAGCCUGGGAGCCAUGUAUGCUGCAGUUUUGUUCGUGGGAUUUAAUAACUGUUCAACAGUGCAACCCGUCAUAGCAAUUGAGAGGACUGUGUUCUAUCGAGAGAGGGCUGCUGGGAUGUAUUCUGCUUUACCAUAUGCCUUAGCUCAGGUGGUUGUGGAAGUACCAUAUGUGCUCAUUCAGACUGUGUACUAUACACUCAUCGUAUACUCCAUGAUGGAUUUCCAAUGGACGGUUGCAAAGUUCUUCUGGUUCUUCUAUGUUACAUUUUUCUCCUUCCUCUAUUUCACUUAUUAUGGGAUGAUGAAUGUUUCAAUCUCGCCGAACUCUCAAGUAGCUGUGCUCUAUGCUGCAACCUUCUUUACACUCUUCAACCUCUUCUCAGGCUUCUUCAUCCCGAGACCGAAACUUCCCGUAUGGUGGAGAUGGUACUACUGGGUUUGCCCGAUAUCAUGGACAGUUUAUGGGCUAGUUGUAACACAGUAUGGUGACCAAGAGGAUCUUAUCAAGGUGCCUGGUCAGCCCGACCAGAUAAUCAAAUUUUACCUCAAGGACCAUUUUGGAUAUGACUCUGAUUCUAUGGGUGUUGUAGCCACAAUGCUGGUUGGAUUCACUGUCUUAUUUGCAUUUGUAUUUGCUUAUGGCAUCAAGAAAUUGAACUUCCAACAAAGGUAGAGAAUGGCCAAGGAACCGAGAAAUUCAGAUAGCAGAUCAAAUUUACCACCACUGGACAUUCCUUUUUAGACUGUACCUCCACUGGAACAAUUUCAUUUUUCCCUCACUGUCAACAGAGACUGUGACAUGCUUACGUAGGAUUUCGGAGGCAUUGUUUCCUUUCCUACCAUUUGUAAAUACACAAACAAAUAUAAGAACGUUGUCUUGUGGA